GAGAGAGAAAGGGGGAGGGAGAGAGGUGCAUUUGAGAGAGACAGCCUCUUAGAGCUGUGAGGCAGAAGUGAUGGAUUCAGCCCACAGAAAAGUGACAGUCUUCUCCUAACGGGCCACAGGCAGUACUCAAACUUGCCCUGGAGUUUCAACAUUUAUCAGGAAACUACCUCUAGUAUCCAGAUUAACUUUAGUAGCUUACUAGUUGUCUCUUGAAAUUGUUGCAACUUGCAAAGUGCAUUUUGGAACAAUCUACUUAUUUCCUGAACUGUUGGUGCAAGUUUAAGCAUCUGUUCAGCUUAUGACGGUCUUUUAAUAAUAGGCUUUAAAAACACCUCUGCUUGUCUUCCCUGGACUGGACUAAGGUGACAAAAAGUGAGAAACUAAACGGGUAAGAGGAGGACACAAGGGUGCAGCUUUCACACUUGGGAUGACUUUCUACCAGGAGAAACUUCAUUCAGCUUUGCCAGGAGGGCAAGGCAACUGAGGGAGACUCAUCAAUACCCUACAGUUAUCACGUCUUGGCAGGCUUUGGUGAGUUGGACUCUAACUCAUGGAUCCUCCUUCAAUGGUCCUGCUGGGGCUCCUUCUUGUUUAUGGACUAUCCUGUGGUGUCCAACAGACUCUGGGGAGUGCAUCAGACAGCACACAUGGCAAAGACAGGGCCCAAGAAUUUGAGAGUAGUGAGGAUGGUCUGGAGAGAGAGUUUCUCUACGCUGGAAGGAGCAAGCGUGCUCCUGCUGACCAGCAGCAGGAUAAGUGCUCUUACACUUUCAUUGUGCCACAACAAAAAGUGAGCGGAGCCAUUUGUGUCAACUCCAAGGAGCCGGAGGCCAUGCUGGAGAAUCGGGUCAACAAACAAGAGUUAGAGCUGCUUAAUGUGGAGCUACAGAAACAGAAGAGGCAGAUUGAGACCCUGCAGCAACUGGUAGAGGUGGACGGAGGGAUUGUCAAUGAGGUCAAACUGCUGAGGAAGGAGAGCCGAAACAUGAACUCCAGAGUCACUCAGCUGUACAUGCAGCUGCUCCAUGAGAUUAUCAGGAAGAGAGACAAUGCCUUGGAAUUGGCUCAGAUGGAGAACAAGAUACUAAACCAAACAUCUGAGAUGCAACAGCUCACCAGUCGAUACAAAGAUCUUGAGCACAAGUACCAACAUUUGGCAUCUUUGGCCACAAACCAAUCAGCUCUUAUUGCCCUCUUGGAGGAGCAGUGCCAGAGUCGCCCUCCACCUCGUCAUGUGCCAGUCCCCCAGCCAAGGCCUCAGCCACCUCCACAAUCACCACCUCUCAACAAGCCUUACCAACCACCUGUACUCCCACGAAUUAACAACCCAAUCAGCAACGAGAUCCAGAGUGACCAAAAAUCCCAGCCGCCUCUUCUUCCCACAAUGCCCACUGGCACACACAGCCCCUCCACUACCGACAAGCCAUCUGGUCCAUUUAGAGAUUGUCUGCAGGCUCUGGAAGAUGGCCACACUACCAGCGGUAUGUAUCUGGUGAAGCCUGAAAAUGCCAACCGGCUUAUGCAGGUGUGGUGCGACCAGAGACAUGACCCAGGUGGCUGGACUGUGAUCCAAAGAAGGGUGGAUGGCUCUGUCAACUUCUUUAGGAACUGGGAGACGUACAAGCAAGGUUUUGGCAAUAUAGAUGGUGAGUACUGGCUGGGUCUGGAGAACAUCUACUGGCUGACUAACCAGGGAAACUACAAACUACUGGUCACGCUGGAGGACUGGUCUGGCCGAAAGGUGUUUGCUGAGUAUGCCAGCUUCAGAGUGGAGCCUGAGGCAGACUUCUACAAGCUAAGGGUGGGCCGUUACCAUGGCAAUGCAGGAGACUCCCUAACUUGGCAUAAUGGCAAGCAGUUCACAACACUGGACAGAGAUCAUGAUGCAUAUACAGGCAACUGUGCCCACUACCAGAAGGGAGGGUGGUGGUACAACUCUUGUGCCCAUUCAAAUUUGAAUGGAGUUUGGUACAGAGGAGGACAUUAUCGCAGUCGCUACCAAGAUGGAGUUUACUGGGCUGAGUUCAGAGGAGGAGCCUACUCACUAAAGAAAGUGGUUAUGAUGAUUCGUCCAAACCCAAACACCUUCCACUAAGCUUCCAAGGAACACAUACUGUACUGUUUAAAGACAAACUUUUUGACACCUGAAUUCCAAGCAAGCAUGGUCUUUUUUGUUUGAUGGGGUGGCACCAGGUCAAGACAGAUGGCAAAGAGAAUAUAAAUGUUGAAAGUGCAAUAUCAUAACAUCAGGCAGAUAUUCUAGUGCCGCAGUCAAAGAUUGUGUGCACCUUGUGCAUCAUAACCCGGCUUCCAUUUUCCUUUCGGGUCAGCUGGGACAUGUGCAAAUUGCUCAGGAGUUUUUUUUAAUACACUGUCUUUAAUAAAACAAAGAUCUGUUAAUCUGACAGUGGUCCAAUGUUAACAGAGUGAAAAAAAAACAAUUAGUGCUUUUUUAGUUAAAAGGAAAGAUCAUAAUAAUUCAUUUACUUUGCUUUGAGAUAGGAACCCUACCGUAUGUAUUUAGUUUGUAUGAACAUUUUCUUUGAACAAGCAAAUAAGAUUGACACAGGAAACAAUUCCAGUGACUUUUUAUUUCAUCCUAAAACAUUUUUUUUGGAAAUGUGUAUUGAUGAGUACAGUAACAUUUACUAACUUGUAAUACAGGGUUAAUAUUAUGGCCAGUUUUGCUAUUUACAUACUUAAUAUACUUAAUAAAUAGUGCCAUUUUAUUUUCUUGCAAAAAUGAAUGCUGUUUAUUUUAAAACUUUAAGUUAAUGAUGUUUUGAUAGAUCUAAGUACAUUUAAUGGAUCUAAAAAAGAAAAUAAACUCCGCACCAAACUUUUUUGGAGAUACACUCUCUUCAAAGUCCUGCUUCUUUUCCUUCAUAAUACUGUUACAGAAAUCUUGAAUUGCUUGAGGAGGUAUCCAUCAAUUUGCUUGUAUAAAUCAAGCACUGUAUUUACUGUAUAAAUUAAGCAGUUUGUUGAUGUUAAUAGAUCCAACACAUUGCAUUUGUACAUAAAAGGUAUUUGUAAUAUAAUGUAUUAAACGUGUUAUUUCUCAAUUAAUUUGCAAUAAAAAAAAUGUACAGCUUGA